AUGCCUAUCGUUGACGUCCUCAUCAUCGGUGCAGGUCCCGCCGGCCUAUCUGCAGCCCUAGCUCUUGCCCGCCAGUUUCAUACUGCUAUUGUCUUCAACAGCUCUCUCUUCCGCAACGCGCGUUCAGUGCAUAUGCAUACCAUACCCACAUGGGAUCACAAAGACUCCGCUGCCUUUAGGGCCGCGACACGCAAGGAGAUCUUGGAGCGGUACAACACCAUCUCCUUCGAGGAUCGCGAAAUUGCAAAGGUCGAGAAGACGAGUGAUGGCGACUUUGCAGCCACGGCUGUAGAUGGGACUACUUUCACUGGCAGGAGAGUCUUGCUUGCUACUGGUGUCACUGAUCUGCCGCUUGAUAUCAAGGGAUAUGCUGAGUGCUGGGGCCGAUCCAUCUACCACUGCCUCUUCUGCCACGGUUACGAAGAAGGCGGAAAGCCCUCUGCUGGAGUCCUCGCACUUGGCGAAAACACCACUCCCGCAGCAGCCAUUGCCUUCGCGCGCAGUGCCAAGCAGAUGACCUCCAAGGCUGUCAUCUACACUUCAAACAACCCUACCAUGCAAACCGCAAUCGCAGACCUCCUCGGCGAAAAGGAUACUGCCAUCACGAUAGACAACCGGGAGAUCGCUUCUCUCGCUCUUGGUCCCGAAGGUAGCGGCGUUACUAUCACAUUUGCGGACGGGAGCUCGGUUCAGGAGGCGUUCCUUGCGCACAAGCCGCCUACGAAGCUUAACGGCCCGUUUGCAGAGCAAUUGGGCGUGGAGCUGGCGCCAAGUGGAGAUAUCAAAGUGACACCCCCGUAUGGAGCUACCAGCCAAGACCUUUUGAUUCAUCAGCUACGACUGCGAAGUGUUUGGUCAGAUUCUGAAGUAGAAGACGGAAGCGAGACCUGGUUGCAACAGAUGAAGGAAUAA